AUGACGAGUAAAGCCGUGGCUGCUAGCCCUGCCUCUCCUAUUGCCUCCAUCUUGCUGCGUUGCGAGCGCAGGGCCCUGCUCUUCGGCGGCGUUGGGAGCGGGCGCUGGGGGAAGGCGGUGGCGGGCUCGCCUGCUGCGGGGCUGGCCACCGUCCCUCCCUCAGCAAAGGCACUCACCGGGGGACGCGCCGACCUCAUGAACUUCUACGCCACGACCUAUGCGGUGGCCUACGGCCGGCCGCGGUUCCGCCCCCGCCUCGGCCACCACACCGGCACCGGCUACGUGUCCAACAACCGCUCGGCCAUCUCCCGCCUGCUCUGCCCACGCGGCGCAGCAGCAGGCCACUGCCAGCACAGCGCCACGUCCACCACUGCUGAGCACUUCAAGCCCUUCUGGCUCCCCGAUGGCCGGAGCCUCCUGCCCUGGCACGUCCGCCGGUCGGGGAGCGGGUACCUCCAAGAGUCCUCCUCCCUUUCCUGCCUCCGCACCGGGGCGCUCGGCGUUAGCCUCACCACGGUGGAUUACCUGCCCUCUGUGCACAGCCACGUAAGCGGGGCGAGGCGAGAUCCCCGGCAGGCAGGACCGGGGCGCAGGCAGGACGGGGGUGCAGGCAGGGGACACGCGUGUCCCAGCCACCCCAUCUCCAUCCUCCAGCAGGGCAGCGAGAUGCUCCCGACGCUGCCGGCAGGCUCCGCGAGAGGCAGUGGGUUCAGCCGGGAUGUGCCGGGCUGCCUGGGCAUGGCGGAGUCAUCGGGGUUCACCACUAGCCACGGCCAGUACAUGACCCCCCACCUGGCCCUGUCCCCUACAGCGCCAGCCCGCCUGCAGAGCCUGCGUUGCCUCUGGCUGGAGGGAAACUUCCUCGCCCGCUUCCCCCGAGCCCUCCUGCGCCUGCCCGACCUCCGCAGCCUCCAGCUGGGCGACAACCGCCUGGCCCGCCUGCCCGCCGGGCUGCCCCGCAUGGCCGGCCUGCGGGGGCUUUGGCUUUACGGGAAUCGCUUCGAGGAAUUCCCUCCGGCCCUGCUGCGCAUGGCUCACCUCCGCGUCCUCGACCUGGAUCGCAACCGCAUCGCCCGCUUCCCCGACCUGGCCUGCCUCUCUGCCCUCCGCCUCCUCUCCUACGACCACAAUCCCGUCCGGCAGCCACCCCAGGUCGGGGAUGCCGUCCGGCUGGUGGGCGACGGGGCGCAGGAGUUCAUGGAGGCGCGGCAGGAACGCCUGCAGAUCCUCCAGAAGCAGGAGGAGGAGGAGGAG